AUUACGCAUCAGCUAUUAGAUAUUUUAUCUUUAACAAAGCUUGGGUUAAGUAAAUUUUUUUCUCUGACAGUCUUAAAUUGAGGAACAAAUUUAGAUGUGAGUGUCACUUAUUUUUUUCUGGACUUUAAGCUCAGCCUGUGGAGGUUAAAUUCACUGCGAGUCCUUCAAAGGGUGUCAAUUAUUUAUUGAUUGUAAUAUACAUUUAUAUAAUUAUAAACCAUUUUUUGCGAAAUCCUAAUAAGGCUUCGUUACGUAAUAAUUUUUGUAUUUUUUUUAAAUACAUAUUAAGUAAAAUUAUAAAAUACCUGGACAAAAGCUCUGCAGCAAUAUUAAAAAUUUCCUUUUGGUUCACAACCAGUUGAGUAACCAUUCCAUUCAAGAUGUGCAGCACAGCAGUGAGACCAGCAAGGCUUAUAGGAAAAAUCGGAUCACUUGUGAUGGUAACCGGAGGCGGAUUCGGUGCAUUUUCUGCCAUCAGCAUUUACAACGAGGAUGAGAAAUUUUAUGACAAUAUUUUCAUGCCGCUUGUGCAGAGACUAGACCCUGAAACUUCUCACAAUUUCGCCAUCUUUGCGUGCAAAUACAAGUUAUUUCCCAAGAGUAAAUUCCAGGACCCAGAAUCCUUGAAGACAAAGAUUUUGAACCUGUCAUUUGAAAACCCCGUCGGGAUCGCUGCAGGGUUUGACAAGCAGGCAGAAGCCGCACAGUCCCUGAGAAACAUUGGCUUUGGUUUUGUGGAGAUUGGGUCAGUCACUCCACUGCCUCAAAGUGGACAAAAGAAACCGCGACUUUUCAGACUUUCAGAAAAUGAAGCACUGAUCAAUAGAAUGGGUUUCAACAGCGAUGGCCAUGAAGUGGUUCUCCAACGGCUUGUGUCUCUAAGAGAGUCAGAAAAUGGGAAAAAUUUGACUCUUGGUGUGAAUCUUGGAAAAAAUAAAACAUCUGAGGAUGCAGUGGCAGACUAUUGCAAAGGAAUCGAGUUGUUCAGUGACGUUGCUGACUAUCUCGUUGUGAACAUAUCAAGCCCGAAUACAGCCGGACUGCGAGAUCUGCAAGAAGAGAAGCAGCUGAAAAACUUGCUCUCCACACUUGUCAAGGUUCGUAAUAAUCUGCCCCCUGAAAGAAGGAAACCGCUCUUUGUAAAAAUUUCUCCAGAUCUUUCAGUAGAGCAAAGAAAGCAAAUUGCCGACGUUGUGCUAGAUAAAUUGUGCAAAGUGGACGGUCUAAUUUGCUCCAACACCACCACAGCCCGACCUUCAGAGCUCAAAGGGCCACACACACAGGAAGCUGGAGGAUUAAGCGGCAGACCUCUGAAGAAUCCCUCUAAUGAGCUGAUAUCUGAUAUGUACAAACUCACUCAAGGCGCAAUACCAAUUAUUGGCGUAGGAGGUGUGAGCAGUGGUCUUGAUGCGUACAACAAAAUACUCUCUGGUGCUAGCUUGGUACAAAUCUACACCACGUUUGCUUUCCAUGGGCCUCCUAGAGUGACCAGGAUAAAGAGGGAACUUGAUGAGCAUCUCAGGAUGAAUGGAUGGAAUAGCGUUUCUGAUGCAGUCGGAAAGGGAGUUUCUAAAUAAUUUUGCCAAACACCGUCACGUAGCAUAUCUUUGUUUGAAAUAAAAUGGAUUUUCCACUAGUAAA